CUUACAUGGAUAAAAGAUUGAUGUAACAAUAAGGUAUGUGACAUGUAAAGAACUAAAGCAAGCUUAAUUAGGACGACGAGGUCAUCAGAUAUGAAGACUUACUUCUAAAACAAAGACAAUAGGUGUAAAAUGUCCUCGUGAGUGACAUAUUCAUUUAUAAGAAUGCUGGUGUUCACUUUUGUUUUUGCUCUAGUCCUUUUUUCCUUUCACCCUAAAUGAUCAGUGAGCAGCAUGGAAUCAAGAGAAAGCAGAAAUCUACUAUACAUUCAGCAAAUAAUCAAUGUGAUACAAACGGAACUUGCUCAAUUUUUCAUCAAAGAAUGGAACUCUCGUUACAAAUCAACACAAGGAGAAUGGGACGAUGCCAAAAAUAGUGGUAAAAAAUUUUACACUUUAGAAUUAGGAAGAAAAUUAGGCCAAAAAACACGACAAAAAUAUCAGGAUGGAGACACCAGUAAGUGGGACUGUACGAUAUUAUUUGAUGCAAUAAUUUUUUCAAAUUCAAUUGGAAAGCACCUUGACAGAAAAACAAAGGAUGCUGUUCAUGCACUUUGUUGUGAAAGAAACAAGUACGCACAUUGGUAUGAAAGGGAAUGCUUAGAUGAUGAUUUUGAUGAUAUAGUCAAUAUCAUUGAAAAAUCAUUUCAAGAUUUGAAAUUUUCUCUCAAUGAAAUCAAUAAAAUAAAAAAUCAUCGUAACAGUUUUAAUUCGUUCCAAGUGCUUCCUUCAAAACCCAAUCAUUUUAUCGUUGAACGCACUGAAUUACAAGAUAACAUCAUAAACGAUCUUGAAAAAUUAAGGAAUGAUAACAAUAACAAACUGACAUAUUUGUACAUCACUGGUAAUCCUGGCAGUGGUAAAUCGCAACUUGCGAGACAGGUUUGUGAAAAAAUAUCGUGUGAUUGGGAAAAUAGAACUUCGUUUGUAAUGACUCUCGAUGGGAAGAAUGUAGAAUCUCUUUUAAAAUCUUACUGUGACCUUGGAUACCGCUUAAACUGUAACAAGUUUAUGGUUAGAAAAUUUAAAGAUGAAAAUUUUUCCGCCAAAGAGAAAGUCAAGAACCUUCGAUCGUUAGUAUCUGCUCGAUUGAAAUUCUGGCAAAAUUGGUUGAUCAUUGUCGACAACGUUGUGCAACUGAGCGAAAUUUCUUCGUUACUACCACAAGUAGGUGAUCACAUGUGGAAAAAUGGACAACUAAUAAUAACUGUUCAGAAUACAGAUGCCGUACCUCACGAUGAAAUGUCCAGCAAACAUAUUUCCAUCAGUAGUGGAAUGAAUCACAGAGAAUGUUGUCAAUUGCUGAAAUCUUACACUAAAGAUGAAAAUGCUGAUGAUCAAUUGUUGAAUGAAGUAUCGCACGCAUUAGAUCGUCAACCGCUGGCUUUGGCUGCUACUGGUUAUUAUGUCAGUCGUGUAAACAAAGCAAACUGUUCAUUUACUUGGAGUCAAUAUUUAAAGAAAAUAUCUUCAGAAGAACAAGAAAACAUGUACGCCACAUUUGUAAAAUACAACUUGACUGUAGGAGCAAGGCUUCCACCUGCCAAAUCAGCUCCCUCUCCCUAA